UCAAACCACUUGUUUUGUUUUUUUAAAUAAUAAAUACUGAAGCAAAUAGUGAUAACAUAAAUAAAGAAAAAACAGGUCACUUACUGUUUAUUACAGGAUCCGGAUAAUUCUAAAAAUCUAUUCUUGUUCAAGUGAUGAACUCGACAAGAUUAAAGAAUGAUAUGAAAAACGAUGGAUUAAUAAUCAGGAAUUUAAUUAAUUUCGAUGCGAAAAAUAAAAGUUGCCCUCUUAAACAAAAUGUACCAGUUAAAAGGAUUGGUGGUCUUUUCCUAUCAGAUCACGGUGUUAAAGUUGAAAUUCCACCAUAUGCUUCUAAUGGACGUCGUGAACGAGUUCUUUGUGCAACAUUUCCAAGUACAGCUAGAGGAGUUAUAGGACCUUGGUUAGGUCCAGAUAUGCGAAUGGCAAGUGAAAUACAUAUGUUAUAUUCGCCUGUCAGAUUCAGAAUGCCAGUUGCUGUAUUUAUCCCUUUCACUUUUGCUGCUACCCGUGAAAUGUAUCAUCCAUCCGGAUCCAUUAAUAUACCAUUUGAAAGCGUAAAAAGACCUGAUUCUAAAAGUUUAUUACAUAAUGGUAUUCAAUCUAAUAAAACUUCAGCUAGACUGAGAGGAAAACCACCAUACUCAAUGCAUUUUGGGAAUCAUCUUUCAACAGCACCUAGUUUAAUUAAUGCUAGAAGUGUUUCCCUACUACAAUGCCGUCUUGGAGAUGAUUGCUGGCAUGUAGUGAAAGAAUUUACGAUUGUUCAACCAACAAUUCCUUAUAUCGACUGGCCAUUAGAAGCUUGUGAAUUAACGUCACAAACAAGUCGAUGGUCAGUAAACAAUACUGCUUCAGAGAAUUUCUCUUCGCUUUCAAUAAAACUGGGACAAUUAUUAUUAAAGAAAAGUAAUUUCGACAAUAUUAGAGUUAAACAAAAUGAUAAUCGAUUAGAAAAUGAAAACUUAUCGUAUGAUUUUGUAAAUAAAAUUGAAAACUAUUGUGGUGGUGUUUUCAUUCACACAGAAGAACUAAAUCAUUGUUACAUGCUAGUGAACUCAACUAAAGCAGAACAAUUUUAUAUCAAUCCUAAUGGUGGAUUAUUUUUCUCUCCAUUACUUGAUCCAUUUUUAUCUGUACGUAUACCAAAACGCGUCUGUCCUACUUUUGAACAAACUAUUUUCAAAAAAAUAGAAAUAAGAAAUACUUGGUUGAAUUCAGCAUGUCAAUUUGAUUCUCAACUCAAUGAAAUUGAAGGUUGUUCUGAUAUUUUUGAAUUUCAAUUACAAGAUAUAGUGUUAAAAAGACCUGCAACAAUACACUUACCAUUACCUCAAUGGUACAUUAACAAAUUUAACAAAUCAUUAAAUUCUUUAACACAAACUAAUAUAAUUGUAAAUGGAAUUGAAAUGGAUCGUUUACCAGAUGUACCUGUUUAUUAUAUAAAAAAUACAAAUGUAACAUUAUCUACUGAUGAUAGGAGAUUAGUUAUUCUGUUUCAACCAUCUGGAUAUAUAAAACAAAUUGUAUGGCAAAGUGCUAAAGUUAAUGAGAUAGACGAAAGGGAAAUAUUUAAGAUGAAGUCAUCUGAAAAUAUUGAUUGUAUAGAAUCUAAGAAUUCUUCGAAAUGUAAAAUAGAUAAUAUUUUUGUGCAAUUAGGAUGGUCAUAUUUACUAGUUGGUAUAAGAGGUGGAUUGUGGCAAACAAUGAAACAAUCAGUUUAUUAUACUAAAAGAACUAUUUCAUUUGAUACAACAGUUUUAGGAAGAUUUGUAAUGGUAGGAGCACGAAAUUCAGAUCGCAAAACAAAUGAUAAAUUAGAGCACUUGAUGACACAAAUUGAAUCAUUAGCAUAUGCUCCACCCGGUGCAAUACUGAUUUGCUUACAUAUAACAGCAAAUAAUUGGCAAAUUAUGGCUAACGUUUAUCCUGAAGAACGAUUAAAUGAAAUUAUUGAAAAACUAAUAUCAACUGGUUUUAUUCCACUUGUUCAAUUUAGUACUGGAGUAGUCAGGAAAGCAAUCGGAUUAAAUAAUGCAAUCUUACAAACAAUAGAAUGUAAUCGAAAUGUUAAAAAUGAAAAAGUAAAUAAAAUAAAAUAUUAUCGUGUAACUGGAUAUGAUAUUAAUCAUAUAUUAAUGCUGAAUGGUUUAUGUUUAGAAUUACGUUUUCAUGGUGAUAUACAAAUAAAAUCAACUAGUCAAUUUGAUCCAUAUACAAAAUGUAUUCAUAAUAAAGAAAAAGAACUAUUGAUCAAUCAUUCCACAUCUUCUGAAUUGAUAACAUUAGAAAACAAUGAAACAAUUAAAUUAUCAGAUAUUAAUUUUGACUUGGAUAUUCAAUUGAAUAAACAAAUUGAACAAUUGACAAAUGAAAUAAAACCGGAAAAAUUAUCACAUACAGAAUUAUUAAGUAAACAUGCAAGAAUACAAUUACAUGAAUUACUGUCAGAUACAUCAUGUAUUGUUAAAAUUGAACCAAUAGAAUCUUUGGAAGACAAAUAUUCUGAACGCAAUGCUAUAAAAUUACAGUACCUAUCAGAAUUGUUAAAUAAACCUACUCCUCAGGAUCCAGCUUACCAGAAUGACAACGUUAAUGAAUUUAUGGAAGAUUCUAUUUUAGUAGAUGAAGAGACAAUGAAAACACUCGAAAAUAGUAAAAGUUUGGAUGUUACAAUUACAGAAAACAAAUCAAUAAAAGACCAGCCAUCUUCACCGACAAUCAUUAAUCAAGAUUUAUUUAAUCGUUUCGAAACUAUGAUAGAAAAUAAAGAAAUAAGUAGGUCUAGUGAAUUUGUAAUGAAAAUAUAUGAACUAUAUCAUGUUGGAACUGUUGAAGUUUGGCUAGUUCCACCAUAUGAUAUGUCACAACUUGAAGUUAAAGGAGACAACGAGCCACAGGAGAAGCAACCAGAAAUGCGAAAUCACAUUGGUGUACCUGCUUACAAACCGGACUUAAGAAGUGUUAGCAAUUAUGAAAACGUUAGACCACAUGCAAAUAAGGAAUUCACACCACCUACAUCACCCAUAGCUCGACCCAAAUCUUCAUUUUCUCAAAUACGACGGCACAAAGCUUUUCCAGAUGACAGUGUUGGAUCAUAUCAGAAUCAAAAGUUGCAUAAUAUAGUUCGUUUAAAUACUGUUUGUGGUAUAGAAAUAGCUAAAGAAAAAUCUCCAUCUGGUGUGACAAUGGAAGAUUUCCCUUCAGAUCUAAAAUCCCCUUUGGCUACUUACGAUAUUAUGAUUGAUCCUGAUAUCGUUUCUAAUUAUUUAAGGGUAAUGUCAUUCAAACCAAAAACAAUAAAUAAUACUGAAAUGAUAAAUGAUCGUUUAGAAAAAUCUGCAAGAAUUAAUUCUACUAUAAUGCCAAAAGAAAUCAAUAGAAGUCAACGUGGUCUAAAUUCAAGUGUUGGAAGAAAAUUAUUGAAUUCACCACCUAAAAAUCGCGGUAUUAUUAGUGCCAGAUCUUUAAAUACAAGUGCUUUAAAAGGAAAAAAGACAAGUUGAAUUCAGGAAGAGAAAUUCAAACCUAACUAAUAAAUAAUAACAAUGUAUUUCAUAAUGUUAUUUAUUGUUGAAUACGAUACCACUUUCAUGAUAC